CAGGUGAGGGGUGAAGUGGGAGGACGUGGUUACGUUCGCCCUCGCCCCCCCACUGCCCCGCCCCGCACUUUGUGUUGUGAUGUUUUCGGCUGAAGGCAGUCGCUUUGCGUUGUCGGCUGCUGUGUGAAAAUUUGACGGACGGGGGUUAAAGUUGUUGCGAAUUUGACGGGUUUUCGGCAGGUUCCUGCCUCCAGGCAGUGACCAUGGCUUCAGCAAAUGAUCUGCCUUCUACUUGCGAUGUUAUUGUCGUCGGAACAGGUAUGACGGAAUCCAUUCUUGCUGCUGCUGCUAGUCGAGUCGGCAAGCAGGUGCUCCAUAUUGAUGGCAACGAUUAUUAUGGUGGACUUUGGGCAUCAUUUAAUUUAGAUAAUCUAAAUAAGUGGGUGAAGGACUGUGAAAACCCUGAGAAUUUUGCCUCUGAUCCUGAUGAUCCUAAUUCAGAUGUAAAAAUCAAUAAUGGGGAAGAGUUUGUCUUCCUACAAAAUCAAACCUCCCACAUAAGUAAUAUUGAAGUUAAAUGGCAUAUUCCAAAGAAAUUAACUGAAACCCAAGUGGAGCAAUGGAGUCGGAAGUCGCAAACGAGUCAAGAAGAGAAGGAAAGUUCUGAAAGUGAUGAAUCCAAAUCACCUACUGAAGAGCAUACUCUUUCACGAAAACACACCAACAGUGAAUCUGAAAAGAUGCCCUCUGUUGGCUUUACCCGUAAUGGAAACUGGACUCAAGAGGAUUUGAUGAGAGACUAUCGUCGUUUCAAUAUUGAUCUGGCCCCUAAGCUUCUAUUUGCUCGUGGCUCACUAGUGGAACUCCUGAUUUCUUCCAAUAUUGCUCGUUAUACAGAGUUUCAUGCUGUAACAAGAGUUCUUACCUGGUUGGAUGGCGAAUUAAAUGCUGUACCAUGCUCAAGGGCUGAUGUAUUUGCGACCCGACAUGUAUCUGUUGUUGAAAAGCGCAUGCUCAUGAAGUUGCUAACUGGCUGUAUGGAUUCUGAUAAUUUGGUGCAAGAAUUUCAAGGAUUUGAGAGUAAAACAUUUUUAGAAUAUCUGAAAUCAAAACGUUUGACUGCACAUUUGUUGCAUUAUGUGCUUUAUGCAAUCGCUAUGGGCACAGAUACUACACCUUGCAUGGAGGGUGUUGAACGUACUCAGCGAUUUCUUAAUAGCCUAGGCCGAUAUGGAAAUACACCUUUCCUCUGGCCAAUGUAUGGCACAGGAGAGUUGCCUCAAGCAUUUUGCCGGUUGUGUGCAGUCUUUGGUGGGACAUAUUGCUUACAGCACCCAGCCAAGGCUCUUGUUGUAGCUAAUGAGCGCUGUGUUGGCGUUGUCUCCUGUGGACAGCGUUUAAUGGCUGAACACGUUGUGAUGGGCAUUGCUCAAGCACCAACACAAUAUCUGGAUGGCCAACAGCCUAGUGGUAUAUCACGUGGUGUAUUCAUCACAAACAAAUCAAUUAUGCCGUCUGAAAAAGAACCACUGACGUUCCUUCAGUUCCCUCCGGGCCCAUCCCAUCCCAACCCCGUUACUGUGAUUGAGGUGGGGCCAUCCACCCAUGCCUGCCCUCAAGGACUCUUCAUGGUACAUAUGACCUGUAAACAGAGUAAAUCAGCCAAAGAAGACUUACAAGAAAUUGCAAGCUUUCUUCUCACGCAGGAGGAUGUUAGUCCCAGUGAUUAUGAUAUAUCAACUGACAAUCGAUCCACCCAAACUUCUGGCCAGGAUCCACAUCAUCAUCACUCUGAAGGAGCAUCUGGAAGUGGUGAUGAGGCAGCAACUGUCCGUACAAAACCACAAGUAUUAUGGUCAAUGUAUUUUAACUGUCUUGAGACGUCCAAGAACUCAUACAGCCCCAAUGCUCCUGAAAAUGUUCACCUCUGCUCUGGACCGGAUCUAGAGCUAGACUUUGAAUUUUCUGUGCAACAAGCUGAGCGCCUUUUCAAAAAGAUGUAUCCAGACCUGGAAUUUUUGCCACGAGCUCCUGACCCAGAAGAAAUAGUUAUUGAAGGAGAUACACCUGAAGUUGUUGAUGAAGAUGGGAACUCCUUUGAAUUUGAUGAAGAGGUUCAGCAGCCUUCUAGCUAACAAAUCUGAAGUUAUUUAUUAUUCACCAAAACACAGGCUUUAAUAUUAUCUAAUUGUAAAAUAGUCCAACAAUUCUGGUGCCUCAUACUUUUAAAUUGAUUCUAAAACCGCUUUGAAUGAGAAUGGUUACAAAAUUAGCUAAUUAACUGUUUGAAACGGGAAAAAGAACUUUACAUGCAUAAUUUGUGUACUUCUGAGGUUUGGAAGUCUCAAAGUUUUAACAGCUUUCUACUCCUGCUGGUUGCACAAUUCUAAGUAAUACUGCAGAAAAACAUUAUACUUACCUAGGGACAACAAUCAAUGGUCUUUGUGAUAAAAUAUGUCCUCACCUUGAUUCAUCAGAUAGUACUUAUUUAAUUUAAUAUAAAAAAGUGAACAGGUCCCUAUUUGGAAGUUGUUUGCUCUUUGAGAUUCAACUUAAACACUCUAUUUUCUUUCUAUUAGUUCUGCUUUGUGAGAAGGCAAGUCAAGACAUUAAUAUUUUUUCUGUGAUAAGAUGAAGAUUGAUUUCUUUUUUGUUUGUCAUGAUGCCUGCACAUGAACUACGAUGUAAGGUACAUUAAAUUUUAGUCGUUAGAACUUAAGCAUUUUCAUCAUAAUAGGUUUGUAAUGGUUUUUACUGGAUUUAGAUUAUUUAUUAUUUGACCUUCAAACUGGAACUGUUAUGCUUUUGUUAGAGUUAAGUUGGGAGUGAUGCAGAAACUUGGCUGUUUUGGUAAUGUGUGCUCUAUGCAGUAUGCAUAUUUCUUUCUUAUUCUUGUCAACUCCUCCUUCAGCCAACUAAACGUAAAUAAACGAUGCGAAAAAAAGGAAAAGCGA